UUUUUCAUAAUCAAGCAUUAUCUAGAUAACCGAAGGAACUAAAUUGUCUCUAUUCGAAUAUAAUCUUAUUCCUCAUGUUUUUGCUAAUUUUAUUGGUGAAAAAUGAAAUUAAUCUAUCAGGUUCUGGUGUCUUUAAUCUGUUUCAUUUACUUGUUAGAGGUUGAAUCUUCUACGAGUAAAUCAGUUGAAGAAAAUCUAAAUUCCAAAUGGUCAUAUUGCUUCGAAUUCACAUGGUUGGGUCCUGACUAUGAUAAUUCUACCCAAUACAAUAGUACCUGUGCCGAUUAUUUGGAAGAAAGUGGUGCAAAAGGCAUUCCUUGCAACCCACCAUUUGUGAUUACUUACAAUGGCACUUUUCCAGAUAUGGACUAUCUUUGGAAAUACCAUAAAUCUAGUAUUGUUUGUCGUCGUUCAAGUGGGCAAGUUUGUGCAAGAUAUGCAUAUUACUACAAUGGCGCAAUGACAAAUGCUACAUACAUGUGCACUAAAGUUCAAGUUGUUGGAGAAGAACCUGUUAGGAAAGGAUGUUUCACCCAAAAGAUUAAUGACUUUGAAGUAGAAGUUUGUGCCUGUGUUUCAGGACAAGGACUAUACAAGCCAUGUAAUCUACAUUUUUAAGUAAAAUAAAAAAAAAUUUUCUUAGAAAAGUUGUAUUUCAGUUCUCACACAUAAUAUAAAUAAAGAUAUAAAACAGAA